UCUCAUAUGGCGCCUCAUCAUCGAUUUGAGACAAUCUCUAGUUGCAGUUCCGAUGGAAGAUCAAACCAAACAGUGGCAGCAGACCUCGAUGGUACCCUUCUUGUAUCACGAAGUGCUUUCCCUUAUUUCAUGCUUAUUGCUCUUGAAGCUGGUAGUCUUUUAAGGGCACUCCUUCUAUUAGCAUCUGUUCCCAUCGUCUACACCAUAUACCUAUUCAUCUCAGAAUCUUUAGCCAUCCAGAUCUUUGUGUUCAUCACUUUCUCUGGUUUAAAGAUUAGAGAUAUUGAAAUGGUGGCUAGAUCAGUGUUGCCCAGGUUCUAUGCCGAUGAUGUUCACCCUGAGAGUUGGCGUGUGUUCAGUUCUUUUGGGAAGAGAUAUAUAGUUACUGCAAAUCCAAGGAUUAUGGUGGAGCCCUUUGUUAAGACUUAUUUAGGGGCAGACAAGGUUCUUGGAACUGAACUCCAAGUUUCUAAAUCUGGGAAAGCAACUGGGUUUGUUAAAAAACCAGGUGUUCUUGUUGGAGAUCUCAAGAAAGCUGCUGUGGAGAAAGAAUUCUUGGAAACUAAGCCUGAUGUGGGCAUGGGAGACAGGGAGACUGAUCAUGAUUUCAUGUCCAUUUGCAAGGAAGGAUACAUGGUGCCAAGGACCAAGUGUGAACCUGUGCCAAGAAACAAGCUUCUAAGCCCAAUCAUCUUUCAUGAAGGAAGACUAGUUCAGAGACCAACCCCUUUGAUGGCCCUCUUAACCUUCCUUUGGAUUCCAAUUGGUUUCUUCCUCUCUCUCAUCAGAGUCUACUUCAACAUUCCCUUACCUGAACGUAUUGUAUGGUAUACCUACAAAAUCCUUGGAAUCAAACUGGUGGUGAAGGGAAACCCUCCACCUCAACCUAAGAAAGGCCAACCAGGUGUCCUUUUCAUCUGCAACCACAGAACUGUUCUUGAUCCUGUAAUCACUGCAGUUGCCCUUGGAAGAAAGAUAAGUUGUGUCACUUACAGUAUAAGUAAGUUUUCAGAGAUGAUUUCACCAAUCAAAGCUGUAGCAUUGACUAGGGAAAGAGACAAAGAUGCUGCUAACAUCAAACGUUUGCUUGAAGAAGGUGAUUUGGUGAUCUGCCCUGAAGGUACAACAUGUAGGGAACCCUUCCUUUUAAGGUUCAGUGCCCUAUUUGCAGAGCUUACAGACAGAAUCGUUCCUGUGGCCAUUAAUACAAAACAGAGCUUGUUUUAUGGUACAUCAACUCGUGGUUUUAAAAUGAUGGAUCCUUAUUUUGUGUUCAUGAACCCUAGACCCACUUUUGAGCUCACAUUCUUGAACCAGUUACCCACUGAGCUCACCUGCAAAGGAGGAAAAUCACCUAUCGAGGUUGCUAACUAUAUACAGAGGGUGCUUUCAGGGACACUAGGGUUUGAGUGCACCAACCUCACUAGGAAGGAUAAGUAUGAGAUGCUUGCAGGUACAGAUGGCAAAGUUGCAUCCAAGAAAGAAAAGGCUUAGCUAGCAUUGAAUGAGCUCUCUCUUGCUCUCUCUUGAUUUAUAUGGUUGGGAUAUAACAUUAGUAGUAAUAAU